AUGAAGAUGAAGUGGGUGGGAGGCUUAGCCCGGUGUUUAUGGGAAGCCUUGGCACCAGGAGGGAGCCGUUGGAGCACCGGGAAGAGGAACGCGUCGGACAGGUGCCUGCUGAGCCAGCUCCCAUCACCCGGCCUGGCUGGGGCCCAGAACGCCUGGCGGCUUCGCCUUCGGGCCCUCGGCUCCGACGACGUGGCCUCUGCCUUGCGCACCCCAGGGACGCGGCCCCAGCCGGCUCCCUUGCUUGCGCAGCACGUGAAACACGUGGUUCUCAAAGACGAGACCCACGGAGCCGAUACCGCCACGGUUCUGGCGAUGGAAGGGACGGCCAAAGCCGUGGGGAGGAUCUCGGAUUGUCACGAUCCCUCUCCGCUUUCCUUGGUGAGCAUCACCGGGCCUGAGCCGAGAGUCUUCUCCUUGGGUGGGUACGCGCUAUGGAACGAGCCGGAGCCAUCGGUGGCCGAGCUGCCAUCCCACUCCAUGCCCCUGGACAUGACGAUGCGACACGCCACCUAUACAGCCGCCCAGCCUCAUUGCGCCGCCCAGGUCCCGACGGAGACGCCGCAGGAUGUGGACUCCGGCUUCCUGCGACCCAAGAUCAAGGUAACGCAGGGGGAAUCGCCUGGCGAGCUGUUUUCCUGCCCCUUCUGCCAGAAGGGCUUCUCCUACCAGCGCAUGUUGAACCGCCACUUGAAAUGCCACAGCCAGGUGAAGCGACACCUGUGCCCCUAUUGCAACAAGGGCUUCAAUGACACCUUUGACCUCAAGCGCCACGUCCGGACACACACAGGUGUGCGUCCCUACAAGUGCGACCUCUGUGACAAAGCCUUCACCCAACGCUGCUCCCUCGAGUCCCACUUGAAGAAGAUCCACGGCGUCCAGCAGAGCUACGCCUACAAGGAGCGCCGGGCCAAACUCUACGUCUGCGAGGACUGCGGCGCCACCGCCGACAGCCAAGAGGGGCACCUUCGGCAUCUCCAGGCGCACCACCCGGACAGCCCGCUGCUGCGCAAGGCCUCGCGCAAGGCGGGGGCCGCCCUCCACAGCCCCGUUGGGGGGCCCUCGAUGCCCCUGCUGUAG